CUUCCGUUUUCUAUGUCUAGAGAUUUUCUCCUGUUCGACUGCACGGUCAAUUUCCUGUUUAUCUAGACUACGCAACACGCUAAAGGACGUAUACAAUGCCACCAACACGCACGAAAAAAGUCACGCCCUUUCAGGAGCGUGUCUACGCUCUGCUUAAGCAGAUCCCUGAAGGCAAAGUCACUUCCUAUGCGGCUAUGGCCAGGGCCCUCAAGUCUUCGCCACGGGCUGUCGGCGGUGCGAACAGGAACAAUCCUUUCGCGCCGGAAGUGCCAUGCCACCGAUGUAUUGCUGCUUCUGGGUACAUUGGUGGAUUCCAGGGCGACUGGCAGAAGGCACCUUCUGGCCAGAACUGCGAGAAGAAGCUGCAGCUGCUGAAGAGCGAGGGCGUGGAGUUCACAGCGGACGGUAUGCUCAAAGAUAAGAGCCGUUGGUGGGAUGACUUCAAGGUAUGAAGGAAACGAGAAUCUUUUUGUAGCUAUGUUGUUGCUGCCUACCUUGAACGCCGUUUCAAGGACUGAUCUUUUUCCCUCGCGGCUUCAGGGUAUGAUAUAACAGGAGCGAGGUGGAAAAAAAGGGGGGGAAUCAUAUAUACAUCGCAUAGCAUCGGCGUUCCAGGUCGCAAACUGCCAAUCAAAU